AUGACUAUCCGAUGGAAAACAAAUGAGCCUCGUUGUCUUUGUGUCUCCUCUGGCUGGGAUUGUGUUAUUGGAUUAAAAGGUUUGCCUGUCUGCUGCAGCUUUGCUCCGUGGUGUCCAGCCUGCCAGCAGCUCCAGCCCGUGUGGAAUGAGUUUGCAGAAUGGGGAGAAGAUUUGGGAGUGAAUAUUGCCAAAGUGGAUGUCACCGAGCAGCCAGGUUUGAGCGGGAGGUUCAUUAUCACAGCUCUCCCAACUAUCUACCACUGUAAAGAUGGUGCGUUUCGGCGAUAUCAAGGCGCUCGAUCUAAAGAUGACUUCCUGAGCUUCAUUGAUGAAAAGAAAUGGCAGAGCAUAGAGCCGGUCUCUUCCUGGUUUGGCCCUUCAUCCUUCCUGAUGAACGCAAUGUCAGCCCUCUUCAAGUUAUCCAUGUUCAUCAGGGUACUAGUUUUCAUCGCCGAUUUUGCUUUCCCGUCACGGCGGUUUGCACCAAAUUAUCACCACCGGAAACUGCCUGCUGGGCAGGUACGUCUCCUGCAGCAGUUGGAAGAUGAACAGGAAGCAGAUGGAGAGGAAGAGGAUGAUGAUGAUGAUGAUGAUGAGUACAGUGGAAAGACUGAAGAGUGGCAGCGAGCAGACGGAGCCGAUGUGCUCAGGAGAAGAGGAGUGGGUGUGCUGGAGGAGGACACCUAGUGAACUGGAGAGGAACUGCCUCUCGCUCACUGCUCACAAAACCACCACACAAACCACAUCGCACAAACCACAUCGCUACAGUAGUGCCCUGGCAGCGCUCAUUAAGCUUGAUGUCACAUGUGAUGUCAUAGCUUCCUCUGAAAGAUUGAUGUGGUUGUGCUUUUCUCUUUUUCUUGCCGCUAGUUUGUGUUUUCUCUUUUCCACCUGUCUAGUUUUAAUUAUUACACUCCUUGCUAUGCAGUAUCUCUAGAGUGUGUGUGUGACAGAGGAAUAUUAGGACUUACUUUACGGAAUUUCACGACUCACAGUUGCAAUAUUCCCCAUACAAAUUCUGAGCAAAAUAACCAAGCUCAAACAACAAUCUCACUGUGAAUCUGUUGUAAAUGAGGCUUUUUGGGAUAAGAAAGCUUUUGUGCUUUACUUUGUAAAUAUUUUAUUAUUUGAGCUUUUUGGAUGCCUGUUAUAUAAAGCCAGAAUGUUCAGUUUGCUGUUUUAAAUGUUUUUUCUUCCAACUAGAGUUCAGCUUCAUUUUCCCCCCCCGGAAAACUAGAAAAUACCUGAAUUAACACUUGUUUAUUAAUUAAUGUGUGUAUGUGUGGUGAUUCAUUAUUGUUUGACACCGAAAGAUGCUUCCAUUAGUUCAUGUUUUUUAGGACAUUUGUGCUCUUUAAAUGAGUUUCACUCAUUUUCCACACCCUGUUUCUUUAAAUUUAGUUGGUUACACUUUAUUACGAUAGUCCAUUUAGACAUUCUAAGUAACUUUGCAACUACAUGUCAACUAACUCUCAUUAGAGCAUUUGUAGACUGUUAGGUUAGUGUUAGUAAAAUAUGUUGCCGUACUUGCAAAGUUACUAACAAUCAGUAGAACAUCUGUUGAGCGACUUUAAAUAUAUAGUGUUAGUAGAUAUUAAGCAGACAGUCUGCUAAUACUCUAAUGACUGCUAGUUGACAUGGAGUUGCAAAGUUAUUUAAAGGUAGCUGAAUGUCUAAAGUGGACUAUCAAAAUAAAGUCUUACCUUCUAUGUUUCAGUGGAUUUUAGGAUGUGUCUUGGUCUUCCAACUUUUUUGAUGCAGUUUAUUUGUACCCCUUUUAGUUCUAAUAGUUUUCUUAUUAUCGUUUAACUAAAGUUUGACCCCUGACACUUGACUGAUCCACUAGAAUUAAAGUGCUUCUCAAUGUGUUCUGCUCAUUUGUCCACAGCAGAACAAUAGUAACGUGUGAAUGUCUGCUUUUACAACUCUAUUGCUUGUGUGUGUGUGUGAGAGAUUGGUUUUGGAAUGUUUCUGUAUUUGAGACAGUGUGAACCUGGACUGUUAAUAAACAGUUUAAAGCUGCAGUGCUGAGUAUC